GUCGCUGAAAACAACUUAAAAUGGCGUCAGUGGAGUCACAGCCGCGGUUCGGACAGUCUGUUAAAGGUUUAUUAUCCGACAAGGUGGGCUCCUGUAGCGGGGAUGUGAUUGCGCUGACCCGCCAGGUGCUGAAAGGAUCCCGAAGUCAGGAGCUUCUUGGUCAAGCAGCAAGAAAUAUGGUGAUUCAGGAGGACGCUAUCCUUCACGCUGAGGAUAGUCUGAGAAAAAUGUCCAUCAUUACCACACAUUUACAGUACCAGCAAGAGGCCAUCCAGAAGAAUGUGGAGCACUCUAAAAACCUGCAGGACCAGCUGAGACACCUGCUGAAGUGAGGGUGACACAGGCCAACCUCAGGAGGAUGUCUGAGCAGGACUGAAACAUUCACAAGAUUUAUUACCAUAUUUACACCUUAAAACUGUGGGCUGACUGGUUCAGCAGGGAGUGGGACUCACCAAUAAAUAUGGCUGUGUAUCAGCUAUAGUACUGUGUUGUAAGAAUGGCUCUGUAAAAUAUUUUCAGUUGUAAUAAAGUAUUGUAUUGACUACCUA